ACCUCAAAGUUAGUAAACAAGAUCACUUCGGGAUUAGAAGGAUAUUGUGUAAGGUUAUUCGCAUAGAAUGGCAACAUGCCGAGCUAGGUUAUUCUGUGGUUUGAAUAUUCGUGGACUACACUGUUCCGUCAACAAGUGUACACCGCUGUCAGCAGUCAGGAAGCUGCACACAAACGGGCAAAAAUCGCGUGCCGAGCUUCCUCGACUUUCAAACCUUGUUCUACGCCAAAGACGCAGUGAUUGCCAAUUUUCUAGGAGUAUGUCGGGAUUUGUUGGAAAAGACAAGGACAUUGUCUUCAGACAAUUGCUUGAGUACAAGUCCUUUACAUAUUCCUAUCUUGUCGCGGAUCCAGACACAAAGGAAGCCAUCCUUAUUGACCCUGUCAUUGAAACAGUACCCAGAGAUAGCAAAAUAGUCAAGGACCUUGGACUCAACCUCAAAUACGCAAUUAAUACCCAUGUUCAUGCUGAUCACAUCACUGGCACAGGGUUCCUUAAGAAGCAGUUCCCGAUGUGCAAGAGUGCCAUCUCUGCCGCUAGUAAAGCUGGGGCAGACAUUAAGCUGAAAGAAGGGGAUAAGCUGACCUUUGGGAAAUACGAGCUUGAGGUCAGAAGUACUCCGGGCCACACUAAUGGUUGUAUCACUUAUGUGUGGCAUGAAAAAGAAAUGGCGUUCACAGGGGAUGCCCUCUUAGUGAGGGGCUGUGGACGGACAGAUUUUCAAGAAGGAAGUUCGGAGACUCUAUACAAUUCUGUACAUAACAAGAUCUUCUCUCUCCCUCCCAACUAUACACUGUACCCCGCUCAUGAUUACACAGGUCAAACUAGCACCACUGUUGAAGAGGAAAAGAUGAUGAAUCCACGCCUUACCAAAUCGAAGGAGGAAUUUGUAAAGAUAAUGAAAGAACUGAACUUGCCAUAUCCGAAACAAAUAGACAAAGCCUUGCCUGCCAAUUUAGUCUGUGGUUUGUACAAUCUUCCGGAGGAGUUCUCGAAGAGUUAGGCCACCAACACAUAGGGCUUCAGAAGCAAAGUUUGUACCGUACAGGCCAGUCAGGAGAACAGUCUGUGUCAGCUGUUUAUUUACACCAGUCCGUGAACUUUUUAAUUUUCAUUGGUUGAUUUAAGUUGAUGGGAUGAUUGAAUCACAUUCAACAGACUUUACACCAGUGUGUGUUAUUUUCUAAGAGUUUAACAUUUUACUUUACAGUAGAGCUAGAAUUAUGUACAAAGCUCCUUAAAUUAAGGCCUUUGAGGUUCUGUGUUAUGGUCUGUGAUAAAUUAUAAACUUACAAUUGAACAAGAAUUUUUUUUGAUUCUCAUCAAUUUUUAAAAUACAUUUAUUUAAAUGUCAAUUGUUAUAUUGUAUACAAAAAUGCAGUCUAAAGCAUCAUCUGGAUGUUAGUACAUUUUUUUCUGCAUGCUCCAGAUGUUAAAAAAUGAAGCUUAGCUUUGACAAAUCACCUGUUAACUGUUAAUCUUCGUUCUUUUAUAUUUGUAAUUUUGCAUUGACAAUAUAUAUAUAUUUUUUGUUUGCAUUGUGCAAUUCAUUCCGACAUAAUGAAUAUUCACCUACCAGUAUACUAUGUAUGUUGGUAAUAGAUGCUGUAAGCAGAAUAUUUUAUCUCUCAUUUUUAACAAUCAAUUUACCUCCAAAAUCAAAUUCAGGAAUUAUGCUUGCAAUUAAUGAUGAUUUCUACAUAAUGUAAAUUUUCAUUGCCAAAUGCACAAAUCCUUUCAUAAGCUACCGUUCUUAUAAAUAAUGUCAUGUAUACAGUGUGGUUUUUAUUGCAAUAUUUGUAAUACAAACUGAUAUAUUAUUAAAAAUUAAUUAUUCCAGUGUGGGUUUCUUGUAAUUUAUGUUCUUGGAAAUCCUUUUGUUGCCUUCCUUAAACAUGCCAGCUUUAAAAUAUUUCAGCAACCCCAAGUACAUUCAUCUUCCCAAAAUUUAUAUACAUGUAUAUGUAAUAUUAUGACUAUGAAAGAUUCAAUUAGAGAAAAACAUCAACUAGUAUUUGGAUCUGUAAAAAUUUAUUAAAUUAACUCAUUACUUAAAAAAAAACACAAACCCCUUCCCCCCUCUCUCUCUCUCUCUCUCUCUCUCUCUCUCUCUCUCUCAUAUUUACAAUCAAAAAUGCAAAUUCACUAAAUAUUCCCAUUUACUCUUGAGUUAAUUGACUCGUAUACUUUUUCAAACAGAUGCUGAUUAACUGAAGAAUUGCACAGGAUGUGUUUCUUUGUUGAAAACAUAACUUUGGGAAAUGUAUGCCUACAUAGUAGUUAAUGUAAUUAACAACCAAAUUAGAGUUAAAAAUUAUGCAAAUGGACACUUAAUCAACAUGUAAAAGGUUUGGAGGAACUUUACAUCUCUUUUGAAGGUUGAGGAUGCCUUUAGAAUCCA